AUGGCCAGCCUGCUUAUAUUCCCUGUGAGUCCGGUGUCAGAACGUGAGCCACAAUUCCGAAGACUUCGAAUGGGAAUACUGGCGUCCCAGAAACGGAUUCUCAGCCUUAGGGACAUUGUUAGUCGAGAAUACGCUGCGGUCUGCUGGAGCCAGAUUCCGUUUGCACUUCCUGAACCCUCAACGAUUUCGCUUGUAAAAAUUGGGUUGAAUGGCCAACCAAAUUGCGCUACGGUGUGGCAGCACUUGGCGUUCCUUGCCGAGUCUGCCCGAUUCAUAGAUGAUGCUACCGUUGGAAGCUUCAUCGAAGAUCUGCGCAGAACCUAUGAAUUUCUUCAAACCAAUUUACAACAAAGUAAAGCAACGUUCAACCAGCCGGCGACUGCAAUGUGGCUCAACAUAGAGGCGACAGUUGCAAGCUCCAUUCCUCUCGAAGUUCUCAGAACAUCGUGGACCAGCCUCGAGAAGUUGCUACUGGACAGUCCGUGCGACGCACCACCACUGAUGACGGUCCAACCCUUUCUAGGCCGCUUUUUGUCACUGCUCAAAGAUCUUGGUUGCAAAUCACUCUAUUAUCCACCAAUCACGCCCCCCUCUUCUGGUGCGGCAAAGAGUACGUUUGGCCUGCUACGAGAGCUAUGGCAAGAGAACAUCCUGACGGAUGUAGAAUUCGAGGCCGAAGGGAGCACGAUUUCUGCUCACAAACUCAUCUUGGCUAGCCGGUCAAUGUAUUGCAGGACGCAGUUCCACGGGCCCUGGGCGUCAAGAUCUGAAAGCAAGGGGUCAACUGAAGUCAUUCCUAUUAAGGAAAUGACGUACACCACUCUCAAGAUUUUGAUUGACUUCUGUUACUACGAAGAACACGACUGGGCUGCUGACAUGCGUGUCAAGGAGAACGAUGACUUUUCAGUGAUUGAGGACAAGCUUGCCUCGCUCGGUGCAACUCUGGAGGCUGCAGACAGAUGGUUGAUGGAAGACUUGCACACUGACGUGCAGCGUCAUCUGAUUCCCGGGAUCAGAUGCUUCAUUCGGCCUGACAACGUGGAGGACUUCAGCAAGAUCGCCGAGGACACAAACGCACAUGACCUGAGGAAUUAUUGCGAGGAAUACCGCCUUCGAAAUGCUGAGACCGUCUUGUUCGCCACCGAGGCGGAUAAAUCAUCCAAUACAUGA